AGCAGACACCGGCAACCAGGAUCUGUCCAGCCCACACAGAGUCGGAUGAGGAAGUAGCCGCUGGGUAACUACAUGUACUCCGCAGGGCGGCGUUAAAUCAAAGAAUAACUUUCCAGAGGCAGUGAGGACCCAGCGAGCGGGAGCAACAGCAGCAAUGAAGCUUCGCCUUCACUUCGUAGUGGAUCCGAUGGGCUGGCUCUGCAUCAGCGUGGUGUUUGGGAUCUGGCUCUACAACACGUUCUUCGUUCCCAAACUGGUGCUGCUCCCACACUACGAAGAAGGGCACAUCCCCUGGGCCUUAGUUGUUUGUUAUUACCUGGCGUCGGCGCUCUGUGUGAUGGCCCUGUUCCGAGCCUCCACUGCAGAUCCCGGCCGUCUUCCCGUGGAUCCACAUAUACCUCACUCUGAAAGAGAACAGUGGGAGUUGUGCAAUAAGUGCAACUUGAUGAGACCUAAAAGGUCGCACCACUGCAGCCGCUGUGGCCACUGUGUGCGCAGAAUGGACCACCACUGCCCCUGGAUCAAUAACUGUGUGGGAGAAGACAACCACUGGCUCUUCCUGCAGCUGUGUUUUUACACUCAGGUCCUCAGCUUAUUCACACUGGUGCUGGACUUUUGCCAGUACUAUUAUUUCCAGCCCCUGACGAGACUAGACCAGGAAAAGUUUACGACACGUCAUGAACUGGCUCUGCUGCGAGUUUCAGCGCUCACGGGCGUGGUCAUGUUCGGUGGCAUGUCGAGCUUGUUUUACGCGCAGAUGGCUGGCGUCCUCUCUGAUAUGACCACUAUUGAGAAAAUGUCUCAGUUCUCCAGUGAAACAUAUGGGACAAAAAGAUCGUGGCAGUGGGCGCUCGCUGAGGUUUGUGGCACUCGCUGGAAACUUCUGUGGCUCCUCCCGCUGCGCAGCAGGCAGCCUCUCCACACCGGCCACCACUACCGCAGCCAUGUGUAGCUCUGCGGCUCGACGUUCCCCUUCCUGCCUGCACUUUUCGGUACAAGUUCCUACCGUCAAACACUCCACGUACUCCUAAAACAAAUCUGCCCGCACACCUUCACCACCCUCUGCUGCGCUACGAGAGCCAGGCAGCGGACACUUUACUUUUGUGUUGUUUUGGUUUUUGCUUGGUUUUAUUCAGUUUCUCUCCAGGAACAGGGUCACAAACACUGUUUUGGAAGGAUGGGGAAAUGUUUUGAUCACUGUGACUGCUAUUUCUUAGCAUCUGGAAACCACCUUUAAUGGUUAUUUACACGACGGGGAUGGAAGCAGUGGGACAUCUCUCAGGUUACGUUAUAAAGAGCCUUCACUAGUAAUUAGCUACAGGCAGAAUAACUACAAAUCUGUUAGAAGUGUUUGAUUUUUUUUGUAUAAAGUUUGUGCCUUGUUUUUGUUUUUGGUACUUUUUAUUUACCAAAUUUUUAGAAAAGGGUCUGAAGUAUGCUCCUUCCUUCUAAUGAUUCGUGAAUGUGUUUUUUUUAUUGUUUUACUAUGGUUUUAACUACAACAUGUGUAUUUUUUAGGAGCAUAAUGCCACUGAUACCUUUCGAUCUAGAGAUGUCAUAUGACUGCUGAGAGCACUAACGCAAAAACAAGCUAAUAUAAUCACUCCUCUAUAGUGACUUUCGUAGUUGAUGCUGCUGUUAAAUAUGAGUUUAAUAUUCACUGAUUAGUAGUUGAUGUUUGCUGUAAUUGUCAGAUUAUGCUUAUUGAGAUACCUUGAGUCAUGAAGAGUUCAAGGUACAGUCAUGAGAGAUAAGAAAAAUCUAUCUCUGAUACAGUCAUGGGAAAAACUAAGUACACUCGCUGCAUAAUUUAUUAGCUUGUAGAACCACCAUUAGCAGCAAUAACCUGACUUUAUCAGUCACUCAGCAUCAGUCCACUGAGGAUUGUAGCCCUUAUUUAUGGCUCAUCCACAACGCCAUAUCAAUUAGGUUGAGGCCAAUAACCAUAGCAACACAUUGAUUCUAAUUACCUAAUUGGCUAAUGUUUCUAUCUGUCCGACCUUUAGCUGUUGGACAGAUAAAACUUUGGCAUACAGAGGAGUUCAGGGUUACUGUGGCUACCAACCAAGCCCAAAUCUGUGCUCUGUUUGUCAUAUGGUAGUGGGGUGUUUGUCCUGAUUAACUCAGAUUUUUAUCAAUGUGGGGCUGUUUGUUAUGGUCGACUAUCUCUGCUUUAAUCUCGAUCAUGUCUUGUGGUUUGCACCAUUUUUACCAUUCAUGGCAUGAACUCUUAACACUUCACAUACAAAGUGAUGGUUGGAGUUUUCUGGGAUGUCCACUCAUAGAACUGUCAACUGACUUAAAAGAAUUUCCACUCUGAAAAAUCUUUAUCUCUGUAGAAUGAGGAGCUUUAAAUUAUCUGGAAGUGUCUCUAUAAUCCUUCUGAGGUUGGCUGACUGAAGCAGAUGCUUCUUUCCUCAUUAUUGCAGAUGACUUUGGUCCUUGUCAUUGUGUUAAAGGGGCAGUAUUAUGCAAAAUCAUCUCUUUUUUUUUUAGCUUUACUUAAUGUUACAAUCAUAUUCCCUCAUC